AUGGCCUGCUCAAUCUCAGUUCAAAGCCUAUUCGCAGUGGAUUCGACUCGAUAUUUACCUUCAGCCCCUAAACACAUCAAAUUUCCAAGUGGGAAAAAGAAAAUAAGCAUAAAUUGCAGAGCCAUUGAGGUGCAAACCGUGCAAGGGCCCUCAGCUGCUUAUGCCAAAGACAUGGAGAGGAUCUCCGCCAAGGAAUCUUUGCUUCUUGCGUUCAAAGAUGCUGGGGGAUUUGAAGCAGUAGUCACCGGAAAACUUACAAGUGUGCAACGUAUUGAUGUUAAUGAAAGAAUAGUUAAUCUCGAGAGGCUGAACCCGACUCCAAGACCAACAACGUCUCCUUAUUUGGAAGGUCAGUGGAAUUUCGAGUGGUUUGGAUCAGGAACUCCAGGGUUCUAUGCUGUUCGACUUUUAUUCGGGAGUUUUCCUCCAACACUGGCAAAUUUUUCGAAACUGGAUGUGGUGAUCAAGGAUGGAUAUGCGAAUAUUUCUGCAGCCAUAGAAUUUUUAAAUUCGGUGGAAAGCAUCUUCACUCUCUCGACAAAGCUAUCCAUCGAGGGCCCUCUUCGGAUGAAAGAAGAAUAUACACAAGGGACAUUUGGCACCCCAAAACUCAACCAAGAAUCAAUACCCGAGCAACUAAAAAGUGCUUUUGGUCGGGCAGCAAGCAGUAUACAACAACUUCCUGUUCCAAUUACAGAUGCUGUGGCCAGUGGAUUAAAAGUCCCCCUCCCUGGGACAUUUGAAAGGUUGUUCAUGAUUUCCUAUCUUGACGAAGACAUAUUGAUUACGAGAGAUACAGCUGGAUUACCUGAAGUGCUUACGAGAUUAAGUCCCGGACAAUCGCCUGAGCCAAUUGUUGAAUAUGAAAGUUGAUAUACAGUCUCAUGACAGGAGUUUGGUAUGGACCGCGUAAAAAGAAAAGCAAAAAGAAAAAAAAGGAAUUUUCUUUCUUGGUGCAAAGCUUUGUUUUCACAUCUUUAUGACAUUUAUUUCUGAAAAAUGUAUUAGAAAAUGUUCAAAGUCUUGAAAAGUAUUUCAAGUCUUCUUUUUAUUUUGUGCUCUGCCUGCUUGCACAUUAAUGGAUAUUCAAAUUUUAAUCAAUUUUUAAGAAUUCCCAAUAGAGAAAUAUUGGUUUCUAAAUCAAUCUGUUCGUUUGUCUUUCUCAUUACCGUAGGGUGUGAAGUUGAAAUUUGUGAUGGCAUCACAAAACUUCUUUGACCUCUUUUAAUAUUACUUUUUAACAAUUGAGACUUGAGAUAUAGAAGAUGGCCACGAAUAUUUUUUUUAUUGCAUAUG